GAGUGGAAACGAUGCCGUUUGCCUUUUCUUUUAGAUGACAUUGCAUUUUCUCCUAGCUUCAGCAGUGAGAAAGUAAGAAGAACGCUGUAGAGAGAGGGAGAUCCAAACAAGAGAAAUAAAAGAAAUGAGCGUAGCAGCAGCGGGCUACCUGGCUCGAAGAGCAGCACAGAAGGAGAGAGUGAGGAUCCUCUACCGCCGUGCUCUCAAAGACACUCUUAACUGGGCCGUCCAUCGCCACCUCUUUUACGAAGAUGCCGAUCUUCUCCGCGCGAGGUUCGAGAAUAACAAACACGUGGAAGAUCCGGAUACAAUCGAUAGAAUGAUAGCAGAUGGCGAGGCGCAAUAUAAUAAGUGGCGCCAUCCUGAUCCUUAUAUUGUUCCUUGGGCUCCUGGCGGCAGCAAGUUCACUCGGAACCCAACACCACCUGAAGGGAUUGAGAUAGUAUAUAACUAUGGCCGAGAAGAUAAUGACUAAACACCUCUUUUUUUCACAUGCAAAAAUAAAGAUUGAGGUGAUCUAUGAUUGCUCCAGAAAUCAAAUCCAGCAUCCGCUUUGUGUAAUUCAAGUCAAGGCAGAUAGUGGACAUUGUUGUGGUUCUCAUUUUUCACUGUUAUGUAUUUUGUUUUUUCUCUGAACAUAUAUUUGUGUCCUGCAAGUACCCAAGUAUUCAUGAGAUGGUGCAUAACUGGAUUGAAAACGAAUCCUUCAAGUGAAUAAUAACUUUUUUUAAUA